AUGCCUUCUACCGGUAUGAUUUCAUCUCCAGGAAGCAUUGCUGGAUUACCAAAGUUUUUGAGCUUGAUAGCUCAUGAUUGGCUAAGAAGAUCAUUUUAUGUUUUUGCGAAACUGGGUGUGGCUGAUUUAUUCGAUGGUGCAAAGCCGCACACGGUAUCGGAAUUAAUCGCUAACAAUACGGAUCAGACAAUCAAUUUUCAUGGUGAACGUUUGCAGCGAAUUUUGUUUCAUGUCGAACAAGGUGGUCUGGUGCACAGUGAUUCAAAGAAGAGUACAGAACCAAUUUUCACUCUUACUGAAGAUGGACAAUUAAUGAGAGCUACUCAUCCACUGAAGAUGCAAGGCAUUGUUCUAUGGGAUUUAGGCAGUGUUCAAUGGGAUUUGGGCGGUGUUAGCAGCGGAAUUGAGUCCCACCUGGCUGCAAUGGUAGCGCAACAAGGACCAUAUGCAAACGAUCAAACGGCUACUCCGGUGAGUCUAAAAUUGAAAUCUGAUAAUUGGUUUGAGGCUUUUGCCUCACGGCCAGAGUUGAAACAAACUUCAGAUCUGUUCAAUGUGGCCAUGUCAGCAUACUCGAACAUAGAAUGGCAGGCAAUUCGCAGUUCAAACGAUAUCCAAAAGAGGAUUUCAAAAUAUUCUGUUUUGUGUGAUAUUGGAGGCUCGUUAGCAACAUUUUCUGUUAAUUGUUUGCACCUCCAUCCUCAAUUACAUGCUGUUUCAUUUGAUUUACCGGAGGUAUCUAGACAAGCCAGAGUGGAACAAAAGGAUUUACCCGAGAAUAUAUUAUGCAGACUGAGGAUUAUUGGUGGCGGCUUCUUUGACCUAGAUAGUUUGAAACAAAUUAGUCCAAAUGCUUUACUGGAAUCUAUCAAUUCUCCAACCAAGUCAGUAGUCUAUCAUAUGAAAAAUAUCUUGCAUGAUUGGUCAGAUGAGAAGACUUUAGAAAUUCUCUACAAUCUCAAAACUACCUUUUUAGGUGAUAGCUUGCCAGAUCAGCAAAUUACAUUAUUAUUGACCGAGAACCAUAUCUUACCAUCUGAUCAUCCCGCAGCGGAACAAUUCAACUGGAUAAAUAGGGGCUUAGACAUACACAUGUUAUUAAUGACCGGUGGGAAACAGCGCACAGUCGUGCAGUGGCAGCAUUUACUUGAACAAACUGGCUGGGAAUAUCAACAAAUUGUGACAACUGAGUCACCAAUUUCAGUUGUUAUAGCAAAGUUGGUGAAGCCGUAA